ACGUCAAUAUUGUCAAUAAUUUUCUGUCAGUGUCAACCAUAUGUUUAUAAUAACCUCAAAAUUCGAAUGAUUCAUGUUUUGAUCUUAUUUACAUAGGAAAAUUGAUAGAAUAAAGUAAAAAAUCAUGAAGGCUAAUGUCCAGCAAAUCUACACAUCUGUCGGGUGCAAUCGCAAUCCCGAAAUUAUUGAUUGGAAUGCUGAAGGACUCAUUUGUUUUGGUGCGACUAACUCUGUUGUUAUAUAUGAUACGAAUGUUAAAGGCCGGGAUCCCUUAACAGUGCUCAGCCAUCAUAAAUCACAAGUGAACACAGUGAAAUGGCUUCGCAAAGCAGACGGCUCCUGUUCCGAACUGAUCUCAGGUUCAGCAGACAAGACCGCUGCUAUAUGGAGCAAGGUAGAUGGAGAGUGGAAAGUAACAAACAGUCUAGCAGGUCACACGGACGGUGUCACCUGCAUACAUGGAGCUUAUAAUGGAAAAGAUCUGCUAGUAUACACAGGUUCAAUCGACUCCACAGUCAGAGUCUGGGAGAGAAAAGAUGGUGUUACAACACACAAACAGACAAUCAACCUGAACUCAGGUCUGUGUCUGACCAUCCACGCACAUAUCCUCCCGACAUCAGAGAAGCCUAUAUUAUUCUGUGCGUUGGACGAUCAUAAGAUACAUGUGUUUGUGGGUGAGGAGUAUCAUAGGGUCCACAUGCUGACGGGGCAUGAAGACUGGGUGAGAGGGCUGGAUGUCCAAGAUGUUGACUCCUCGACAAUACUCCUGGCGUCGUCAUCACAAGACACUUACAUCCGUUUGUGGCGCAUUCAGAAGCACGUUGACGACCAGCCGACAACCGGCAUCAAGGUGGAACAGAAGGUGUUCCCGGCGUACGGCGAGGACUGGUCGGUGAAGCUGGAGGCGGUGCUGGCCGGCCACGAGGGGUGGGUGUACGGAGUUCAGUGGCAACCUAAACCUUGUGAAGACAAUAAAUCCAGUCAAAAACCUAUUUACCGCCUUCUAUCGUCGUCUCUGGACAAAACAUUGAUUAUCUGGGAACCUGAGGCAUCCCCGGACAAAGGGGAAGGAGAGGGCGUCUGGGUUGAGCGCGUCAGAGUGGGGGAAGUGGGCGGCAACGGACUUGGCUUCUAUGGAAGCAGGUUCGGACCCGACGGCAAAUCCUUCUUGGGGCAUGGAUAUAACGGAUCAUUCCAUAUAUGGAAUCAUUGUAAGGAGACAGGCCAAUGGCAGCCCGCAGUGGUGUGUGGAGGACACUUCAGCUCCGUAGAGGAUCUGAAGUGGGAGAAGGAUGGGAGAUAUCUCAUGAGCGUGUCAGCAGACCAGACCACACGAGUACACGCGCCUUGGAACACUGCUCAAGGUUCAGAAUGGCACGAGAUAGCUCGGCCGCAGGUCCACGGCUACGACAUGGCGUCGCUGGCGCUCAUCAGCAGCACGAGCUUCGCGUCCGCGGCCGAGGAGAAAGUCAUCCGCGUCUUCAGAGCCCCGCACAACUUCCUGCACAACUUUAAGAAUAUCGUAGGGAUUGAGCUGGAAGGAGAAACUGGAGGUCCGGAAGGCGCGUCAGUGCCUUCUCUAGGAUUAUCCAAUAAGGCCGUAUUUAUCGGUGAAGACGAACAGCAAGAUGCUGAGGACGACAACGACGGGUACUUUGUACCGGUGGAUAUGACAGAGCCGCCGACAGAAGAGACGUUGAUGCAGCACACUCUGUGGCCGGAGACCCAGAAGCUGUACGGCCACGGCUACGAGGUGUUCUCGCUGGCCGCCAGCCCCGACCAGCUGCUGCUGGCCUCCGCCUCGCAUGCCACCACUGCGCAACACGCCGCUGUGCUUAUAUGGGAAACAUCGACAUGGCAACAAACCCAGAAGCUAGUGUCCCACAAUUUGACAGUUACACAACUGGCGUUCUCGCCGGACAGUCAGCAACUGCUGUCGGUGUCUCGCGACCGAAGAUGGACCUUAUAUCAAAGGCGAAAGGAUUCAAACUUGUUUGACAUUGUCGCUGCCACAGAUAAGACAAACGGCGUUCAUUCUAGGAUUAUUUGGUGUUGUGCGUGGACGUGUGAUAGUAAAGCGUUUGCGACAGGCUCUCGAGAUGGCAAGGUUUGCGUGUGGUCCAAAAUGGGUCCAACGACCACAUCCCUGGGUGAGUACGGCCUGCUGGGCGCGCCGCUGGAGGUGCCCCACGCGUCGGUCACGGCGCUGGACUUCGCGACACACACCGACAAGCUCGUACUGGCCACAGGCUUCGAGAGCGGGGUCAUACGGCUCUAUCACUUCGGGACGGACGGCUGGACUAUGCUCAAAGAACUUUCUAAUAGUGCGGCCCACCACCUUACUGUAAAAAGGCUGACGUUCAGACCUAAGCAGGAUGAUAAGAUGGUGCUCGCAAGUUGCGGAAGUGAUCAUUUCGUAAGAAUAUACAGCAUCGAGAUAGUUUUAUAAAAGAAUAUAUAGUUUUUAAUCA